CUUGUAUAUGUAGAGAAUGGAAUCUUGCUUACAACAUAUCACCUGUGUAUAUAUAAGACUAAUAUACAUAUGUGUACAACGACUAUAAGUAGCAUGUGAACAGCUCUUCGGGGUAUUUGCUGACUUUAAAUACGCACCUUCAUUGGAAGAAGUCGGUAGAAUAACUGGGUCAGGUAGUUUAAACCGUACACGUUUAGUAAAAACAAUCAACUCUGAGAACUUCAAAUUGAAUGGUGGAAACGAUGGUUGGUAUAUUUUUCCUUCGAACUCUAGCUUUAUGUUCCUUAAGUUGCAUCUUAAGGGUUCAUGCUACCAUGAACGUUACAAUUCUUCACACCAAUGAUAUCCACGCACGGAUGGAGGAAUUCAGCAGAAAUGGCAGCCCUUGUAAACCAGACGAAAAGGCUAGGAAUGAAUGCUAUGGUGGUGUUGCCAGAAGAUUCACAAAGAUAAAAGAGAUACGUCAAAUGGACGAAAACGUUCUUUUGUUGGAUGCUGGAGACCAGUUUCUGGGGACAGUUUGGUUUCACGCAUUCGAUGGUCUCGCCAACGCACAGUUUAUGAAUAUGAUGGCAUACGAUACAAUGAGUCUUGGGAAUCAUGAAUUUGAUGCUGAUAUAGAUGGCCUGGUUGAUUUCCUUGACAACACCACAUUCCCCGUGUUAGCGUGCAAUGUCGAUGACAGUGAGGAACCAAGGAUGCAAGGGAAGUUUAAGAAAAGCACAGUUAUUGAAGUCCAAGGGCAGAAGAUAGGAAUUAUCGGCUAUCUCAUAUCGUCAAUGCCAGAACUCUCUCUUAAGUUGG